AUGAAUUCCAUUAUUAAUAAUACAAUUUUAUUCAAAUUUUUAUUUAUCUAUUUAUUAAUCCAAAUAUCAAAGUGUGCAAAUCUUCCAGGAAGCUGGCCACCACUCGAUAAACCACCACCAACAUCAUCAGCUUAUACAGCUCUUGUAGAUCUAAAAAAGGUUCCAAAUGCUGCAGUUCGAAGUUCAAGCGACUCAUGUCCUAACACUGGCAGUGACCCAUACUGUACUUGGAGUUGUACAAAUUGUAUCCGUAAUCAAACAGAUUAUAUUACAUGUCCAAAUUCGGGAGAUUGGGGUCUUACUUUUGACGAUGGUCCAAGUCCUUAUACACCAGCUCUCCUUGAUUUUUUAGAUGCUCAUAAUAUCAAAGCUACUUUCUUUGUUGUUGGCUCUCGGGUAGUUGAAAAUCCUGAUAUCCUACAAAGAGCAUAUAAAAGUGGUCAUCAAAUUGGCGUACACACAUGGUCUCAUCCAUCUCUUACCACCCAAUCAACUGAACAAGUAAUUGCUGAGUUGCAAUGGACUGCAGAUGUCAUAAAGGCUGCGAUUGGCGUCACACCAAAAUAUAUGCGUCCACCAUUUGGUGAUUAUGAUGAUAGAAUACGUAGUAUAUGCGAUCAACUUGGUUAUAAAAUUGUAAUUUGGGAUAGAGAUACAAAUGAUUGGCUUUCUGAUGGUGAUAAGUCAUUCAAUUUAAAUUGGGUUGAAGGUAACUUUACUCAAUGGGUCAAAGAAGGAGGAAAAGCAGGUCACAUUUCAUUGGAACAUGAUUUAUACUCUGGUGCUGCUGCUCAAGGUCCGAAAGUAGUUCCUAUCCUUACAACCGCGGGUUAUAAUAUUAAGCCUGUUGGCACUUGUUUGGGUACCGAUAGCUUUUAUAAAGAGAGUAAUACCACACUACCUGUGUCGUCAAAUUCUAGUUCUACUCCAACUAAUACUUUAAAUACUUUACCUACAAACACAAACGCUCCUAUUAAUCAACUAAACAAUCCAAAAACUCAAAGCACUCCACCAUCAACACCUUCAUCUUCAUUAUCGCAAAGUACAUCAUUACCAGCUGGUAAAAAAUCUUUAGCUAUAAAAUCUUCCAAUUUUGAUCAUUUCUUAUGGUCAAUUAUUAUUGGUGCAAUUCUAUUUAAUUCGGCUUUUAUUCUAUAA